UUGGUUUUUAUAUCAUCACCUGAACACGAAAAUAUGCGAAAUCUCGUGUUCAUGCUAAUCGGAACUUUCUUCGUGUUGCAUGUGACUCAUUCGCGAGAAUGUAAAUACAUCGACAUACGAAAUAAUGUGACGCAGUUUCGAAAACUAGAAAAUUGCACAGCUGUUUUGGGAUUUUUGACCAUAGUUUUGAUAGAUGCGAAGCCGGAAGUUUUUGCGAAAUUGCAUUUUCCAGAGUUGCGAGAAGUGACGGGAUUUGUGUUUUUAUAUCGCCUACAGGGAUUGAAGUCAUUGCGACACAUUUUCCCGAAUUUACAAAUUAUACGCGGGAAUGAGCUUUUUGUGAAUACAGCACUGACAUUUUAUGAGUUGUUUAAUAUAACGGAAGUUGGUCUUCCAUCGCUCCAACAAAUCAGCAGAGGCGCCGUUCGCAUUCAAAAAUGUCCGAAAAUUUGUGAUGCUGAUACAUUUGACUUCCAUACGAAUCAUUCAACGAAUAUUUUGCGAGAUUAUGGGUCAAAUUGCACCGAUAUCGAGUACCCCAAGUCGUUUGACGAGAAAAAUAUCAAGUGCACUUCGACAAAAGAUGACUUUGUGUGCGUCGUGAGCAAAUUGCAGGAGAUUCCGCUCGAAAAGUGUCACGAUCUUUGCAUGUUCGGGUGUCACAACAUAACGGCAAGCGGAUGUUAUGUCUGUAAAGGGCCCAGAGACAAUGGCGUUUGUGUGGAAAAGUGUCCCGCGAACAAAUUGUAUGACGAAAAAACGAUGCGUUGUGUCACGGUACAGGAGUGCAUUACUUAUUCGGCAGAUCCGGAGCUCCGAAAGUUCAUUUAUGCUGAGGAAUCGUUGUGUGUGACGACUUGUCCGAAGGGAUUUUCGGAAAAGGAUCCAGAAAAUGAACAUAAAAUCUAUCACGAUUUUCGUUGUCGCCCAUGUGGAAAAUGCCCCAAAAUUUGUCAUGGACUCCUUAUCAACUACGUCGAGGAUGCUCAGAAACUUCACGGAUGCAAUAUUAUCGAUGGAUCUUUGACCAUUAAGAUCGACGUUGCCGCUGAUCGUCCCGAUUUGAUGGAUGAACUAACCAAAUCCCUUGACUCAAUUGAAAUAAUUUCCGGCUAUCUUAAAAUUUACAGGUCAUAUCCACUCACCUCGCUGGAUUUUUUGAAGAAUUUGCGCGUCAUUGGCGGCAAAACGGUGUCAGAAGAUUACUUUGCGUUGUACAUUUUUGACAAUAGCAAUUUGCAGGCACUUUGGGACCCCCAUCCUGACUUCGAAAUCCAAAAUGGCACUGUCAUGUUUUCCACGAACGAAAAUCUAUGUCCACAAUUGGUGCGCGAUUUUCUCGAAAAAACGAAUCAAACAUCGCCCGACAUUUACAUUGACACGAACGGCAACAUGAAAUCUUGUCACACAACGACGAUCGAUGUUUCGCACGAAAUUUUGAGUCCUCGAAAUGUCACGAUUCGUUGGAGUGAAUUCAAAGUGCAGCCAAAUGAGCAACUGGAGGGAUAUUUAAUUUACUUCAUGGAAACGCCACACACGAAUAUAACGCAUUUUUAUGGCGCAUAUACGUGUGCUUUCAAUACUUGGAACAUAAAAACUGUGAAAAUUUCGCAAGCAAGGAGGGUUUCAGAUGGCAUAUUGGCAUUUAAUCUCACAGGACUUCAAACACGAACGCAAUACGCGUAUUAUGUUCGCACAAUUUUCGCCGGUAACUUUCGGAUGCAGGGACAAUCUGAGAUAUUUUACUUCAAAACGCCCGUUAAAACGCUGAAUCAAGUGAGAAAUCUCGGGACCUUUGAGAUAAAAAGUCACGCGAUCAUGUUAAAAUGGCGAAUCGGCAGGAAAGAUACCGAACAUAUUCAUCAUUUUAGCAUCGAUGUGUUGAGACAACCGGAUGACUUGGUUUUGAAGAAUCGAGAUUUUUGCGAGCAUCCGCAUGUUUAUGACAUUGACGAAGAAGAUGAAAAGCUGGAAGAAGAAUUUCGCCUGGAAUAUUGUUGUUGUCCUGAUUUGAAGAAAGCAGCGGAAAAUAAGGAUGAAUAUGACGACAACGACGACGACGAAGAAGAUGAGAAUGACGAUGAUGAGUACAGCUUGAGUCACGUGACCAAAUACAAUAAAGAGGAAGAUUUGAUAGAUAUCACCAAAAACUCGAAUUACGUGAAAACACACAAAUUUAUGAUGCACGAAGUGGAUGUCGAGCAUAAAUGGUAUCGAUAUGAGAUCGAUGGACUUCAGCCAUUUACGUAUUAUUCCUUUCAAGUUUUCGCGUGCGAAGAAAAUUCAACGGAUGCCAAUGAUAAAUGUAGCUCUUAUGCCCUUCAUAGUGAGAGAACGAACCCUCAUCCUGUUGAGCCGAUCCAUGUCAUUCUACAGCAGGUGGGAGAAUAUAACGAAACGAUAGAAGUCUCUUUUGAGCAUCCGAACGAGACAAAUGGUGGCAUUGUAGCUUAUAUAAUGGAAGAAAAACGGGAUACAAGGUUUAAUAUUGAGUCGAAAUGUUUUUCAGUUAUCAAACAUUCUGUGUGGAAUCAAACUUUCAUGCUACCUGCUGGUGUCGCUCAACUACGUUUCCAAGCAGUUUUCCUCUCCGGCUUCGGGGCCUUCACCGAUUGGUUUAACAUCACAGUCUACGAAGCUCCCGAACCACCUUCCGCUGUCAUGACAUGCCUCGAAGCCUUUUUCUUUUCCAUCGCAGUUUGUGGUUCGGUAUUCGGGACAAUUUGGUUUCGAAACAACCAAGACACGAUUUGUCGAAAACGCGCGCCACCCACAGACCGAGGUGACAUGGAAAUGCUUGUGGUUGGUUUCCAAUCUGCAAAUGUGGAUGAAGAAGAGCUCUUUGACAUUCCGCUGGAUAGCGUGACCUUUGACGAGGCUGAUUUCUAUUGAAUUAAAGUAUUAAA